CCGUUGUGUGUCGGUGUUCUUCCUGAAAAGACACUCGCAUUGAAGCCGCUGAUGUCGCCGCAGAGAGGUCGGCAGGUUAAGUGUCACAAACAUCCAUUUUGAGAACGCCAGUAGAUCUUCUCAGUCCGCUCUCGCAUGGCCGUGAACCAUCCGCUCUCAGAUUAAACCCAGUGCGCUUCGCUUCAGAACUUCGUCCUUUUAGAUGCCACUCAGCCUUUGCAAAUGGCUUGCUGUCUGAAGGACGAGCUCCUCUGUUCCAUCUGCCUCAGCAUCUACCAGGACCCCGUCAGCUUCGGUUGCGAGCAUUACUUCUGCAGGAAGUGCAUCACCGAGCACUGGAGCAGGCAGGAGCCACACGGGACGCGGGACUGCCCCGAGUGCCGCCGGACCUUUGCCGAUCCGCUGCUGUCGCCGAGCCUCAAGCUGUCCAACAUUGUGGAGCGCUACUCGGCCUUCCCUCUCGACGCGAUCCUGAAUGCGCAGAGGAGCUCCUACCCCUGCAAGGACCACGAGAAGGUCAAGCUCUUCUGCCUGACGGACAAAAGCCUGGUGUGCUUCUUCUGCGACGAGCCGGCGCUUCACGAGCAGCACCAGGUGACCACCAUUGACGAGGCGUUCGAGGAGAUUCAGAGGGAGAUGAAGGAGCAGCUGGCGUCGCUGCAGGACAGCGAGAAGGGGCACUCCGAGGCCCUCCAUCUCCUGCGGAGACAACUCACAGAGACCAAGUCUUCAGCCAAGAGUCUUCGUGCCACCAUCGGCGAUGCGUUCGAGCGGCUUCACCGCUUCCUCCGAGAGCGCCAGAAGAGCAUGCUGGAGGAGCUGGAGAUGGACACGGCCCGCAAGCUGGCCGACAUCGAGCAGAAGAUCCAGUGCUACAGCCAGCAGCUGCGCGACGUCAAGGAGGGCAUCCAGAUCCUGCAGGAGCGCCUCAGCGAGACGGGCCGCCACGACUUCCUGGAGGGCGUGGCCAUCACAUCCGAGAGGGUUAAAGGGAAGAUACAUGAGACCAAUCUGACUUAUGAAGACUUCCCAACGUCAAAGUACAUGGGGCCCCUACAGUACACAAUCUGGAAAUCGCUCUUCCAAGACAUUUCACCAGUGCCAGGAGCCCUGACCCUUGACCCCAUCACAGCCCACCAAAGACUGAUCCUCUCAGACGACUCCACCAUCGUGGCCUACGGGAAUCUCCACCCGCAGCCUCUGCAGGACUCCCCGAGGCGCUUCGACGUGGAGGUCUCCGUCCUGGGCGCCGAGGGCUUCAUGUCGGGCGUCCACUACUGGGAGGUGAUGGUGUCAGAGAAGACUCAGUGGAUGAUCGGCGUGGCCAACGAGACGGUGAGCCGCAAGGGCAGCAUCCAGAUCCAGCCCAGCCGCGGCUUCUACUGCAUUGUGAUGCACGACGGCAACCAGUACAGCGCCUGCACCGAGCCCUGGACGCGCCUCAACGUCAAGAGCAAGCUGGAAAAGGUGGGGGUGUUCCUGGACUACCCGAAAGGCCUGCUCAUCUUCUACAACGCAGACGACAUGUCCUGGCUGUACACAUACCGGGAGAAAUUCACCUCCAAGCUGUUCCCUUAUUUCAGCCCCGGCCAGAGCCACGCCAACGGCAAGAACGUGCAGCCGCUGCGCAUCAACACCGUGCGGCUCUAAGGGGAAACGUGGCUGGUUGCAGAUGACCAAACAGAUGAUUAAAUCAUAGAUGACAGAAAUGUUUAAAAAUGUAUAUUGGGGGUGUUAAAGUUUUGUUUUUAGUUCUGUCAAGAAUCAUGCUUUCCAAAAUGUUUAUUUUUUAAGAACCUUAAAGUCGUCGUUUGCACUUGGACCUCAUUGAGCAUCCUGUUAGGAACAAAGAUGACACUAAGUGGAGAAACGCCGGUUCUCCUGGGCUUUGACAGAGACGAAGAACAUUCCUCUUAGAGUAACAGUCUGACUCACACUCUCAGGCGACUCGCUCGCACUAUAAACUCACGCCUGUCAGGCUCCAUGUCGCCUGUUUGUUUCCAAACAAGAGCAGCAGCGAAGAACAGCCGCUUGUCUUCUUCUACACUGCUGGCUUCCUGUGCUGGAUGUGAUUGACAGCACUCCUGUUUGUCUCUUUUCUGUUUUUCAGACGGUGACUCACUCGUGUCAAGUGUUCUGGUAUCUUGGAGUCGUUGCUGUUUUUUUUAAUAUAUAAGUUAAUUUGUGGAGUUUGGCUUCAGAAGAACUUUAAAUAAGAGAGAAUCACUUUUGUUUUGGAUUUUUAUGUUUCUUCCUGCGGUCACUCCGUGUGUGUGUGUGUGUGUGUGUGUGUGUGUGUGUGUGUGUGUGUGUGUGUGUGUGUGUGUGUGUGUGUGUGUGUGUGUGUGUGUGUGUGUGUGUGUGUGUGUGUGUGUGUGUGUGUCCUGUCUGUUUUAUUUCUAAACACUUAAAAGCAGAAGAUCACUACUUGCAGUGUCUUGCAAAAGUAUUCACACUUCUUGAAUUUGUACCUCAUUACCACCAUGAGUUCAAUAUAUUUGAUGUGAUUGAUCAACACCAGGUGGGUUUGAGUUUUAGUGAAGGAGUGGCAUGCAUUUGUAGACGGCCCCCUUUUUUUUUUUUUUUGCAAAACGGGUCAAGCUCAGACUAGAUGGAGAACUGGAUGAAAUUUUAACAUAGAUUCUCCACUAGAUUUAAGUCUGAACUUUGACUAUGCCAUUCUAACACAGGUAUCCAUUUUAAUCUAAACCAUUAUUCUUUAGCUCAGGUUACAAAACAAAAGUAGAACCUUUCCCCUCAAUUCAGCCCAAUCCAGCUUCCCUGUUGAUGAAAUACCCAGCAUGAAGCUGCCUCUACCAUCUUUCUUAUUGGGGGUUGCGUGUUUUCAGUGAUGUUUGGUUGGUUUAUUUUGGGGUUUUUUUUUUUCAUAUGUUGGUCAAAAAGUUGCUCUUUCUGAUUUUCUUCUCGUCAGUCUUCCAUAAAAGCCACAUUUGAGGAGAAUAUGUGACGGAUUCUUCCACCUGAGCUGUGAAUCUCGAAGGUCCUCCAGAGUCGCCUUAUUGUGUCAUUUCUGAGGGGGAAAUAGUUGCCCUGGUUUUAUUUGUAAACUGUUUAAGAGGGGUAAAAACAAAUGCUUCCUCCACUUCUUUUGUGUGUAAAAACCAUAGAAACUAUCGCUCUACUUGUACAUCAUAAUUAUACACAGAUCUCUCAUUUUCUCAUCAGAACACAAAAUGUUGGCUGUAACUUCAUGAAACUUGGCUGCAUCAGGGGUGUGAAUACUUUUCCAAUGCAUUGUGCUCAGUAGGUAAUUUUAAAAGGCAGGACAUUGCUUAGGCAAAUGCUGCUAUUGGUGAAGCAAGGACCUUCUAGUUUGUAUAUAAAGUAAAAAGGAAGAAGUCUCCAGUGGAGUUGUUCAUAUUUAAGUUGCUGUCCUGUUCCUGAGAUGUCCACAUGUUUCUUGUCUCAUCUUGUCUUAAUAUUAAAGGAAUAUUAAAUUAAGUAUAUAUUGAUUCUUGUUGUUGAGGGAGGUGUGAGGAGAGAACCAGUGUCCUCUUCUAUUAAUUCACCUCGUUUGUUAGAUGAAUGUUUGGAGAAGAGGCGGUGGGCAGGUGAGUUAUGUGCUGGUGUUGCAUGAUGACAAAAAUCACAGAUCAUUCCUUUUGAGGCUCAGUCAUGUUCAUUUCUGUCCCAUGUGCCUCAAGUGCUCUUGUUUCAUCGUUAGUCACACAAGGGUCCUGCUGUCUGGGGUCGCAAAUCCAACUUCGGUUGUCGCUAAUGAAGCUGAAUGUCCAUUGCAAUGGAAAAAAAAGUGGUAAGAAUUGCAAAAUUCUUCAAGAUCAUGUUGAUCUCAACCAACAAAUAAUGGAGCAAAAGCAGCAGCCUUCCUUUGCUACUGUAUUUUUUAUGUUUGUGCGCGUGUCGUCUUUGUCAGCUUAUAAAGUGGAAAUUGGGGCAGUGCCCACACUUCGAUAGGAAAUGAUUCUGGUAUGUGCCGUAGGAUGUGAAUCGAGCUGCGAGUCGGCGGCUGUUUUAACAUGCACAGAUCUGCAGGAAUCUGACGAUCCUUAAAUUAUGAGUCAUUUUGCAGAGCAACACCUGGAUCUGCUUGUUACCCACGAAAAGCCUCCUGUUGGGUUUAUUUUAAGGUUUUAUGCUGAAGUUCCAGACACUAUGGAGAGCUUUCUGAUGUUUUGGUCCAACGUGGAUCUUAACAUGCAGGAUUAAAGAGAUUUUGGCUCCAGAUUGUUUUGCUGCAUUCAGUGGAAAUAUUACAACUGAUAGGAGUUGUGUUGGGUCGCUGUUGAGUCUAUUGGUAAAAAUAUAUAUAUUAUGCUCAUAACUAUGACACUUUAUAUGGAUAUAAUGACUGUGUCUUUUGAUGAUGGCCUCUUCGCACCUGUUGUGUUAAAAAAAAGAAACACCCCAGCGGGCUUUUGCUACUGGAGGAUUGUGGGAAAUGUUUUAAUGUACAAUAAACCACUAUAAAACCUCA